AUGAUGCUGCUUGGGUUUCCCUCCGGGGUGUGGAUUGUGAUGGCCGUGGAGUUCACAGAGAGGCUGGGAUACUAUGGAACCACUUUUAUGCUUAUGAUGUACUGCACGAGUAUGCUGCGUUGGAGCCCCUCCACUGCAAACGCUGCCAUUAACGGCCUAUACGCUGUCACACCGGUGGCCGCGUGCAUUUCUUCUAUACUCUCCGAUGGGCGUUGGGGUCGCCCGCUUUCCCUUGUUGUUUCCCUGGCAGCAUACGCAGGUGGACUAUCGAUGGUGGCCCUCUCGUCGUACCCUUUUAUGUACGGAAAAUUUCCAGUGGAGCCAUCCGUCGGGAGUAUUGUUCUGUUUGCUUUUGGUAUUUCGUGCUUUUCGAUCGGGUACGGUGGGAUGAAGGUGUGCACCAACCCGUUGAUGGCCGAUAUUGUCUCGGAGGCUUACGAAGACGACGAACAAAACCGCGAAGUUGUGCUUUCGCAGCUUUUUCGUUGGAUUUACACAGUAAUAAAUGUUGGGUCCCUCGUUGGCAUGUUUGUGCCUCCGCUGCUACGCUCUUUGGAUAAUCGAACUGUUGUGCUUGGCUCAGUGGUAUACACUACAGGCUUUUACCUUGGGUUUACGCUAUCGGCGGCAUCUUGUCUCUUGGGGCUAUUUAUAUUUGGCGUCACAUAUCGCCAGUUUCGGAAGAAUACACCUGUGCCCGAGUUUGUGCUGGUACACGUAUUUUUCCGUGCCAUUCGCAUACGGUGGUACUUCGCUACUGGGCGCAUUCGCGAUGACGCGUUUCAGGCCGCGCAUCGUUGGGACCUGAUCGACUACGCUGCCUACUCUGCCACCGGGGACAGUUGUCCUGACGCGACGGCGCCGCGCACCGACUUGGCAGUCCCUUCUGACCUCUCAAGGAAUCGACCGAGCUCGGCGGGGGCUGGAACUGUCAGCGCUCCAGUGAGCAACGAGCAGGGGCCCGUGGCGCCAAAACUCGGCGGUGACGCGGCGGAGAAAGAGGAGAAUCCAAGCGACAGUGCCUCACCCGAGAUUGAUGGGAUGGAACAGGUGUGGGUGGAUAGCGCCAAGACGAUUGUUUCCGUCUGCCGUGCCCUUGUUCCAAUGCCCAUCUAUUGGCUAAUUACAAACCAAUUCAGCACCAACAUGAUUUUGCAGGCGUCAUCGACGCGACUCCCACCGAAACUUCCCCCAGAAAUCUUCAACAACGUCAAUACUGUGGCACUUCUUGUCUCGCUGGUGCUUUUUGACCGAGUCGUGUUUCCACGCAUGUUUGCUAACCGCCCCCCUCCUGUGCGAGGACGUAUGGUGGUUGGGUGUGUCACGAUGGUCCUUUCCAUGGUGUGGUGUGGCUUUGUGCAGAUUGGCAUAGAUCACCGUGGAACGUAUGACGAAAGCGACUUUUAUAAUUUGUUUCCCGGGAUGAUAAUGUUGUCCCCUGGUUGGUUGGUUCCGCCCUACAUUAUGCAGGGUGUCGCGAGCGCCUUGGUGGACACAACUGUCCUGGAGGUGGUCUACGUUGCGGCACCCACCCAAAUGAAGGGCGCCGUGAUGGCGCUGUACCUCCUGACCUCCAGCCUAAGCGGGUUCCUUGGCAUGGCCCUCUCUCCUGUGAUGCGGCCGAAAAACGCAAAAAUCACCAGUUUUUCUCUUGCGGGGGCGCUUGUACUGGUGACAAUUUUGUUCUACUUUUUGAACCCUCCCCCAGAAGACGCGGUGCAGUCCGGCGACCCCUCCACUGAGGAUGCCGUGGACAAGUGCGACGCGGUGGCCAAAUCCGAGGGGGACGCCCUGCUGCUGAAGGAGGGUGAUUCACGCAUGGAUAAAGUGGUGCACUACGGCGGCGUUCCCCAACACGAGGACGCAGCGCGGCGGUCGCCUGCAGCUGCAGACCCUCCAGUUCCAGCACAGCACUAG